CCUUGGUAACUGCAUAGUUGCAAUUAAGAAAGUGAGUUUUGAAAUAAUAAUAAUAACAUUUAUUAAACAACCAGUAAAAAUCACGUCUUUACGGAUCCAUCAGGUCCAAUAACCUUUGAAUUAGACACCUUCAGCUCUAACACUAGGAGCAGGCUCAGAGAACUAGGCAAAGAGUUCGACGUGCAACUUAACCUAAAAUCAGCCCGCUGAAUUUCCUGGCGGAUCUUCUCAGUGAGUCACGAUUCCGAUCCAGUGGUAGAUUCUGCGAAGCAUUGUUCUUGUUAGCGCAAGUGUUAGCAAAUUCUCUCUAGUUACUUUGCUGUGACUGUGCUUGCGACUGGUGCUUGAGAGACCUAAAACCACCGAGAGUGAAUUCGGGGGAUCCAACAAGAUAUGCUUUGGGUGGACGCAGACGGCGGCUUAGCGUUGCCCCGUCGUGGUUAGGCAAAGGCACAGAAUACGCUUAAUAAUAUAGACCACUUUUCUUUUAAUUCAAACGACUUGGUAGAAACUGCGUAAUAAAAUACACUAAAACAGAUUUGAUUACUUAUUACUAUUAAAAAUCGAUUUCCAGAUUCUUGAUAAAAACAUCUUCAAUUCACAGUUCAUGUAGAGCUAAUAUCGAUACAUCAAAUUCAGUUCAGUAGGUAGUAGUCAGAUUUACAAAAAAAAGUAAUGCAAUCUUGUCUAUGAUUAGAAAUGGCGACCAAAUUCUCGUAUUGUUUGCGUUUAUAUAUUUUUAACGUAAAUAAACAAAAACUUUCACUAGAAACAUACUGACAAAGCAACGAAUAGUAUUAAAUAGAGUUAGUUUACAUUUUAAGACAUUAAAUGAUGAAUAUAAACGUGUACGAUGUGUCGUCAAUUCAGAUGUCGAUACAACAGCCUCAGCAGGCUCCUGCGCCUCCCCCAGCGCCGCAGCCCGAGCCCCAAGCCCACGGGGACACGUCCACUAACCAGCCAGAGCCUCCGCCGCCUGCACCGGACGAACAAAAGCCAGCAGUCGGCAAGAAAAAAAAAGAGGCGAUCGAUGGCCAAGCCCGCGAACUCAUUUAUAAGGUCAUAAAAUUUUUCGAAAGCGAAAAACAGAACAGAGGCUACGCUUUCCCAGUCGAAAAUGUCGUGAAGCGAGCGUGUGCCGCGACCGGACUGUCCGAGAGCACUAUUAAAAGGAUAAAACGCGACGGUUUGCGCGCGGAAGCGACUCAAACGCGAAUGACCGGACCCAAGAAAAGAAGAGUGAGAAAGACCAAGGUACAAUUAGAUUAUUUCCAGCUGUGCGCCUUAAGAAGCAUCGUCAAUGGUUACUCGAUGCGUAAGGAAGUACCUACGCUCGGUAAGAUUCUGGCUGCUGCCAAACACGAGUUAAACUAUUGCGGCGGCAAAGAAUCUUUAAGAUUGAUAUUACUAAAUAAGCUAGGUAUUAAAUUUAAGAAGUGCGAAAAGAAGAAUAAAAAGCCCCCGGAACAGCCGCCCGUGCAGCCACAGGUGCAGCCGAUACAAAACAUGAUGCCACAACAACAGAUGCAAACUUACAAACCGAUAGAUACGCAGUGCGUUGUCUACACUCACAAUAUGAUGCCUCAAGUGCCACCCGUCUCAUAUUAGAUCUGGUAUAAACCUGGAUUAGCGUUUUGGAUGAUUGUUUUGCUCAAAAUGGUACAACUGUCACCUCAUCUUAACAGUAAAUUCAAUCAGGCUUUUGCUUGAACGUUUUGCCAUUUGAUCCCAGAGGUGUACUGGUACAAAUUGCAUGCGAACCUUGUUGAUGCAAAUUCAAUUCAUAAAAAUGGUCAUCCCAAAAUGUAACAAAAGUUAUUUUUCAUAAGCUUAACAACAGUAGUCCUACCCUAAAUAUUAUUGAUUUGAUUCAGAAAAUGCACUUUUAAAAUUGGCAAUAUCACAAGUUUUCAGAGGGCAUAAUCAAAUUUGUGUUUAAAGGGAAAGGGUAGUCCAACGGAGUUGAGAUUGAAGAUUUAUCCUCUCAAAAUUGACUGUCAGACAUUCAUGAAAUAGUGAUAGAACCAGUUUAAUAUGUAAUUAUGUUAGCUUCAGUUACCUUAGAAAUUUGUCAGAACCGAACUGGAAUUUCCAAGUUAUAAAUAGAAGUUUUUUUUUGACAAAUUUUAUUUUAACGAUAAUCAGAUUUUUAAUUUGAGCAUUAGUUUAAAUAGGCGUUGAAUGCUAAUCUAAUUUUUAUAAAACUAAUAUUGUGACGAAAGCGUUUUGUAUAAAGUAUUCUUAAUUACAUUAAAGGGUUUUUAGCUAGAAACAGGUUUAUAUUAAAGUCGUGCGGUACCGUUUUUGGACCAGGAAUGUUGUUGAAAGAGGGGGUUAGGUUCUACGAAUGAAUUAACAAAAUGUAGUAUAGUAAAUGCAGCUUAAUGUGGCCCGAUUCUUAUGACUCUCUCAUCACGGCAGAAUGCUAAAGGUUCGUCGAACAAGGGACAUCACGAAUUGCCUACUGUAAUUGCCUUUAUUCCCACUUAACUCCGUCCAUUGUACGACGACCAGGAAAUCUUGAAAUCAUGGAGAUUCUAGUGCCAGAUGAUCAUGCAAUUAUCACAUACAAAUGACUACUUAACUAAAGUAGAUUUCACAUUCGUGGUUUAAUCAUCUUGAUAUUGUUGAUUAUUCUACCGAUAUCUAUAACAUUGAAGAAUACGCUUAGAUUGACAUGACUACCAUGGAUCAAUCCUAUGUACCUUGGACUUGCACGUUUGCGACCUAAAAUGAAUAUUGUCAAGGCAGUCUUUACACCGGGAUAAUGGGGCCUCCAUAACUAUGAAAUGAGGGAAAGCUUUUUAUUAACAAUAUGCAAAAGGAUUGAUAAUGAACUGCACCAUUUCCCAAUUGAUAACAAUCGGUUAUCAUUUGAGUAUUUAGCAAAAAUCUGGGUGCCCCGUUGAUCUCGGGCCUUCAUCGGCCAAUGGAAGGCAAGGGGCCCCCGAGUAUUGUAAUAUAGUUAUAUUUAUAAGGCUGAUCAAAUUAUUAUUAAUGUAUUUUUAACGGAAUAAAAACAAUAAGUUUA